AUGGAGAGAUUGAGAUGUCCAAUUCACAAUGAGUCAAUUAUAUUCUAGAGACCAAAUUAACCUGAUCCAAAAUCAAACUCAAGAAAUCUUUGUAAAAUCUGCAUAGUUCAAAUGGACAAUAAUUUGAAAUUAAUAGAGGACAGGCAAUAAGAAUUAAGGAGACAAAAAACUGAAAUCUAGGAGGAAAAAGAGCUAGAAUACUAAAACAGCAUGUCAAUUUUAGAAGAGAUAAAAUAAGACCUUUUAUUUUUUGAAUAAUAAUUUAAGAUUUCGUUUAACAAAUACAUAGAUUCUAUUGAUCAAUACGGGGGGUUAUUCAAAACCUAAAUGACCAAGUUUUCGAAUACAAUAAAGAAACUUUCUGUGGCUGACUCUCAAUUAUUUAGUAGUUCAUGUAAAGAACUAUUAAAGGAUACUCCUAACCUUUCAGAAAUAAAAAAGAGUCUCUAGACCAACCUUAGUAAACUAAACUCAUAAUAAUUCUUGAACAAAUUACAAGAAAAAAUAAAUAAAUUAAGUUAGGAUUAAAAUAUCGUACAGCCAAAGUUAGACUAAUCGAAUUUUGAAAAAAAAGAUAUUUACAAUUUAUAAUGUCAAACACAUAGAAGCAGCAUUGUUAUGGCAGACUUAAAUGAGAAGAGUACAGUACAAAAUAGAUUGGUUUGCUUGUCCUGUGUGGAACAACAUUAAAUCAAAUUUAUAAGAAUUGAAAGAGUUCUUGAGUUAAAGUCAAUAUACUAUUAAAAUCUAGUAAAUAACUUUGAUAUGAAAAUUGAAUAGAUUAUUCAAUAAUAAGAAGCCUAAAAUAAAUCACUAGAAGAUUUAGAAAAUACAAUCUCAUAAUUAAUUUAAAAGUACAAAAGAGAGUAGAACGAGGAAUUCAACAACUACUUAUAGUAUAUUAAAUAAAAAAAAAAAAAAACUUAAGAAACAUGGUCAGCUGAAAACUUCGAAGGGAUGACCAUAAUUGUAAACAUACUUAGUUAACCAAAUUAUAUAGAAUAAUUCGAUGAUUAAUUAAAAGAGGACUUGAAAAGCUUGGAGGAAAUUUAGAUUAUUAAUUUGAAUUGUUUCAUCUAAAAUUGUUAAGGUAUUUUAAGAAAAUUGAAAUCUGGUGGUUAAAUAUUGGAAUAAGAAAUAAUUAACAAAAAUGAAGAGAAAGCUGAAAUUAGUAGGAGAGAAACAUAAUCAGUACUAAAAUAAUAAGUACUAACAUAAUAAGUAAGACAAUAAUAAGUAAUUCAAAGUUAAGAAUAAAAAAAGGUUGUUAAAUAUUAGCUAUUGUAAUAAUGCUCAAUUAAACAAGUUGAGAUUUGUUAUGCACUUUCAAUUAAUAAAGAUUCCUCACUAGUAAUUGCUGCAUGUAGGAAGAGAAUAUUGAUAUUCUAAUUGAAUAAUGGAUAAUUAAUAAUUAUUCAAACAAUCCAUAAUUAACAUACAGGCGAUGUUUAUUGUUUAACUUUUUUUAAAAAAUCUAAUUCUUUUCUUUCUGGGAGUUAUGAUUAAUCUAUUAAAAUUUGGGAAAGAAAAACCAGAACUCUUUAAUGGACCUGCUAAUAAAAUUUAGAUUUGCAUACAAGUAGUAUAUUUUGUCUGAUAUACUCAAGAAAAGAAGAUCUUAUAAUAUCUGGAAGUGCAGAUAAUACUAUUAUAUUCUGGGGACUAGAUAAAUAAUGGAUGCGUAAACAAGUUAUUAAAGAUCAUACCAAUACUGUUUAUGGCUUAAGUCUAAAUGAAUCUUCAAAUAUAUUAGUUUCAACAGGGAGGGAUAAUAAAAUAUUGGUGAUUAAAUUGGAAAAUGAUAUUUGGAGUGUUUGUCAAACAAUUACGAAUGACGACUUUGGAUUGAGAAUAUGUUUCAUAAAUAAUGGUGCAUUUUGUUUCUAACCAAGAAAUCUUAAUAAGUUAGAUAUAUAUGUUUUGAAUAAUGGAUAAUACACUAAGACCAAAGAAGUGUAAGUUUUAAAUGGGGAGGAUUGUGAAUCUCUAUUUCCUUAAUAAUUCAUUAAAUAAAAAUAGUUGUUAGUAAGUAAAAAUGGAUCAAAUUUGAAUUUUAUAAGUGUUAAUCCUAAUUCAGAAUUAACCCUGGAUUUUUCUAUUGAUUUUAAUUGCAAAAGGCUGUAUGGUACAUUAAGUAAUGAUGGUGAAUAUUUAAUUACUUGGGAUGAAAAAUAAAAAGAGAUACAAGUUAGGAAGUAUCAUUUAUGA